AUGAGGGUUCUUGAUAGGCCUUUUUGGAUGAUGGAAACAACAGGAUAUUUCAGAGUUAAGUCAGCAUGGGAGUAUACGAGAAGAAGAGACGAACCAAGAAAAGCUUAUACAAUGAUUUGGGUAAAGGGAAUGCCUUUUAAAACAGCAUUUUUCAUGUGGAAAGUGUGGAAAGCAAAGUUACCUUUAGAUGAUUUCUUGAAAAGGGUAGGUUACUGCAUGCCAUCUAAAUGUUGGUGUUGUGUACAACCUGACGAGGAAUCUCUUCAGCACUUGUUUUUUAGAUCAGAAACUACAAAGACAAUUUGGAAGUAUUUUCUAUCGAGGGCAGGAAUUGAUGUGGAAGGACUUACACUGCACCAAGCAAUCACAAAAUGCUGGACUGCAAAAGUAUGCUUAAGAUUAAAACCGGUAAUGCAAGCACUCCCCUCAUGCGUAGUCUGGGAACUUUGGAAAAGAAGAAAUAGUAUGAAGUAUGGGGAAGGGGUGACAACUAGCAGGGUGAUUUAUCAAGUUUCAUCACAUCUACAGGCAUUGGUGAAAGUGAGAAAGCCUGGGAUGGACGUGGUACCUCACAAAUGGCAAGAUCUAUUAGCUAGGAUGGAAAAUUUCACUCAUAAACUUAAGGGUGACAUAGUCAAGUCAGUAGGGAAAGAGAUAGAGGAGACAACAAACACAGUAGCUGAAGCGAAGGCCAUGGUAGAAGCACUAAGGUUCUGCAGAUUUCAACAUUACUCUCAUGUAUGGCUCCAAACUGACUCAAUGGUAUUAAAAAAGAUAAUGGAUGGGAUAUGGAAACCACCAUGGAUCAUAUCUGAGCAGAUAGAGGAAAUGAUGCAACUAAUGAAUGAGGGCAAUUACACAGUUACUCAUAUUCACAGGGAGGGCAACAAGUUGGCUGAUCAUUUGGCUAAUUAUGCUUUAGAUCAUGGUGAAAUAGAAUGUCAACAUUUCUGGCAUCUAGAUGAAAAGGGAAGGAGGUUGGUUAAUGAAGAUAAGAUGCAAUGUCCAAGUCUAAGGGUGAAGGUGGACAGGAGAUAA